GAUUACUGCUAUGAGUUUAAAGAAAAUAUUACGUAUGUCUUGUAGUUGAUCUAGUGAAGAAGGCAAUCGAUCUUAUUUUUUGUUUGAUUUUUAUUGAUAAAAGUAUAUAGAAAAAUGUGUUGAUGAAUCGUAGAUUAAGUUAUGGUUCUACUUAAGAUUAGAUUUCACUAUUUUUUUUCAAUAUGUGAUAACACAAGGUUGUGAAUUUUAGUUUAGCCGCAUUUUAUUUAUUUCUCUUUGUAUAAAAUAUACAAUGGACCAAGAUAUCGUCAAAUAUAAUUUAGAAGCCGAAAAAGCUCUGGAACAAAUUAAUAUCCUAACAACACGUUUAAACGAAUUGCAAAAUAAUAUUAACGGCACGGUUUUACAACCUACUACAAAUGAUAAUAAUUUAAACAAAUUAAUUACUGAAAAUAUUAAAUUGAAACAUCGUUUGAACAUUUUGAAUCGAGCCGUAACUUCUCAGUUAACGAAAAAAGUAGACAAAUUACCAAUGGACGAAACAAGAUUACAAAGUAUUAACGAUAUAUUGUUUAAUUUAUUUUCAACUGCAAUUUCUACUGCUUUUCCCGAUAUAACCGAUCCUCCAGUUACUAUUGCUUUAGCUGGAACGAAUCCAAAAUUUGGCGAUUACCAAUGCAAUUCCGCUAUGCCUUUAGCAAAUAUCUAUAAACAACUAGGGAAGAAAGUGGUACCAAGAGAACUCGGUUUAAAAAUAGUAGAAUGUGUUCCACCACACGAAGCAAUUAAAAAAUUAGAAGUAGCUGGUCCAGGUUUCAUCAACAUUUUCUUGAACAAAGAUUUCGUUUUAAAGAAUUUAUCUCGCAUAUUUGAACAUGGUAUAAAAGCACCAGAAAUUCCGCGAAAAUUAAAAGUUUUAGUCGAUUUUUCUUCUCCUAAUAUCGCUAAAGAAAUGCAUGUAGGACAUUUAAGAUCGACUAUAAUCGGUGAUAGUAUUUGUCGUUUAUUGGAGUUCUUGGGACACGAUGUUUUGAGAAUAAAUCAUGUUGGCGAUUGGGGUACUCAAUUUGGGAUGCUUAUAGCUCAUUUGGAAGACAAAUUUCCCGAUUAUAAUGUCAAAUCACCACCUAUAAGUGAUUUACAAGCUUUUUAUAAAGAAUCUAAGAAGAGAUUUGAUGAAGAUGAAGAAUUUAAGAAGAGAGCUUAUGCUAGUGUAGUUAAACUACAAUCAUUCGAGCCUCUACAUAAGAAAGCGUGGGAAUUAAUUUGUGAUGUAUCUAGAAAGGAAUUUCAGAAAAUAUACGAUCGAUUAGAUGUUAAACUAACAGAAAAAGGUGAAUCUUUUUAUCAAGAUCGCAUGGAAAAAAUAGUGAAAGAAUUAGAUGAGAAAGGUUUAUUAGAAUUAGACGAAGGUCGUAAAGUAAUGUGGGGUGAACAAUCCAUCCCUUUAACUGUGGUAAAAAGCGACGGUGGUUUCACUUAUGAUACCUCAGAUCUAGCGGCUAUUAAGUAUCGUUUUUGCGAAGAAAAAGCGGAUUGGGUGAUUUACGUUACAGACGCAGGUCAAGCUACUCAUUUUUCUAUACUAUUCAGUUGUGCCCAAAAAGCCGGUAUACUAAAUCCCGCUAUCCAUCGAGUAGAUCACGUUGGUUUCGGGGUGGUAUUAGGCGAAGAUAAAAAGAAAUUCAAGACCAGAUCAGGCGAUACAGUGAGAUUAUUGGAUUUAUUAGAAGAAGGUUUAAAAAGGGCUUUAGGUAAGUUGAGAGAAAAGGAAAGGGAUAAGGUUUUGACUCCGGAGGAACUAAAAAAAGCUCAAGAAUCCGUAGCUUAUGGUUGUAUUAAGUACGCAGAUCUUUCCCAUAACAGAAACCACGAAUAUAUAUUUUCGUUUGAUAAAAUGUUGGAGGAUAAGGGUAAUACGGCGGUUUAUCUCCUCUACGCUUUAACCCGUAUAAGAUCCAUUGCUCGUACUGCUAAUUUCACACCGGAAAAAAUUAAAGAACUCAGUAAAACUCAUACUAUAUCUUUGGAUCACGAAAAAGAAUGGAAAUUGGCUAAAGUUCUGCUUCGCUUUCCUGAUAUCCUUCUUAAAAUCACCAAGGAUUUGUUUUUGCACAGUUUGUGUGAAUAUGUUUACGAAAUUUCGACGACUUUUACCGAAUUUUAUGAUAAUUGUUAUUGUAUCGAGAAAGACUCCUCUGGGGAUAUUGUUAAAGUUAACGUUGGUAGAAUUUUACUUACCGAAAUAACUGCUGUUAUAUUGGAAAAAUGUUUUGAUAUUCUCGGUUUAAAACCUGUUGCUAAAAUGUAAAUAAAAUUUUUUAAAACUA